AUGAUGGGAGUCCCUCUCGAUGGUCCAGCUCAUGUGAAGGCUGACAACAUGUCAGUGAUCAAGAAUUCAAGCAUUCCAGAAUCUACCUUGAAGAAGAAGAGCAAUUCGGUUGCCUACCAUUAUGUUCGUGAGAGAGUCGCUGCGGGCAUGGCCAACAUCACCUACGAGAAUACUGAGAGCAACCUGGCGGACAUGCUGACCAAGAUCCAGAAUGGGCCUGUGAGACAGCGACUGGUGUCGAAAGUUCUUUAUUAA